AUGAAGGCGUCGAUACUCAGCCUCGGGCUGUUGGCCGGCACUGCCUUGGCCUUUCCACAGGACAUGGACUCCAUGACCGAAGCCCUGCGGGAGAACGCACUUGCGCAGCUUGCGCAGAAAGAUCAGGCCGCCUUCACUUUCAUCUACCGCUUCAUGAGCAAUAAGUCCGCAGAGUACCCAUCUGGAGUCCUCAACAGGAACGUCAUCAAGAGCUUCAUGUCUAUUCGGCAAGGAUCCGACGGUUCCCUAACUUGGGUGCCUGGUAAUGAGAGAAUCCCUGAUGAUUGGUACAAGCGCAACCCGUCAGACGAGUACAGCGUACCUUAUUUCGAGUCGGACAUCCUAUACUUCGCCCAGACUGUACCGGAAGUGCUUCAGCUUCAACAGAAUCAGUCCCGAGGCAUCACAAACGGCGCCUACACCACCGGACAGGUCGCUAGCAACCCGAUCUGCUUCGCAUCAGAGUUUACGAAGGCUUCGCUGCCUGGUAUCACUGGACUACCACUCACAAACCCUCUACUGAGUCCGCUGGUCAAUGCUCUCAAUGCUGUCACUGGUCCACUGAACUGUGCUGCAAUUGGCAGCGUCAACCAGACGGCUUUCGCUGCUUGCCCUGGGUUCUCAUUGUACGGUGGUACCAGAGGUCCUGUUGCUCCUGGAGCUAUUCAGACCCCAUAG